AUUAUUAUGAUUUUUUCUUUUUCUCUCUUUUUUUUUUUUUUUCCAGGCCUUUCAGUCUGCACGGUGGUGGUGCUGUGUGUGUGUGAUGGGGGGCUGCUGUGCUUUAUUUAUUUAUCCCCCCCCCCGCUCCCUUCCUUUUUCCCUUCAUUCCAUCCCCUCCCCGUUAACCGUAUUUUUCUUCGGUCUAACAGAGCGGCUGAGGGUUGGGGGUGGCGAAGGGGGGGGGAUAUAUUUUGCAUCGCGCUUUAGCAGGAAUGUGGAAGCUGCAGCUUUAGUGAGGGGACCCACAUUUCCAGCAGCGGCGGUGCCUGGGGAGCUCGGUGUCCUCCGCACGCAUUGGUUUGGCCGUGCCGUAGCGUGGGGAUGCGCACACCCGUAUUUAUACAUCCAUCAUCCCCGGCCACGCCGGUGGCGAGCUGCGGUUUGGCCCUGGAUCCGUCCCUCGGCCCUUUUCCUCCCUCCCGCACCGUGGGAUGCUCUGCGUGGGGACGCAGGACGGGCGGCGCUCCCAGCCCGGAGCCCUUGGGGACGGAAAUGGGAUCGGAGAGGAGAGGGAAAAGUUUUGGGCCCCCUCCCGGCGUGCAGCCUGCAGGGCGGAUGGACGGACGGAUGGAUGGAUGGACGGAUGGGUGCAGGCCCUGCGGGCGCCCCGGACUGGGGAGCCCGGGGAUGAAAACACAGCUUUUCUUUUUGUCUGCUUUCAGGAAAAAGCCCUACGUUCCCACGGGUCGGGUCGGUGGGAGCCGCUCCGCUUUUGUUCCUCCGCGUGUCUGUGUUUUUUGGGGUGUGUGAAGUUGUCCUCCUUGUCCCCCCGUAGAGAAACGCCCCGCGUGCGGCACCAGUUCCCAGCUAGAUCUGGAGAUGGACGCGGAUAAGGGGAAGCAACGCCAGUACUCUCAGAGCGAAGGCGAGACAGAGAGGGCUGCCAAAGUAGAGACGUUCCCUAGAGAACUGUAGCUUGACUUAGCGGCAGUUUGGUAGGAAGUUGGAAGGCUAUAGUGAGCUGCGGGGCCUGGCGCUCGUACCCACCCGUGCCAUCAUCUACCUCCAUCAAUCUGGAGCCUCAUCGACACGUCUCCCCAGGCAGCUGCGGCCAUCUGGCUUCUGAGGCCAGCCUGAUGGCGGAGCCUCGCUUCAACAACCCCUACUUCUGGCCGCCUCCCCCCACCAUGCCCAGCCAGCUGGACAACCUCGUCCUGAUCAACAAAAUCAAAGAGCAGCUGAUGGCAGAGAAGAUCCGGCCCCCACACUUGCCCCCCACCUCCGUUGCCUCCCAGCAGCCUCUCCUGGUGCCCCCCUCUCCUGCUGAAAGCAGCCAGUCCAUCAUGUCCCUCCCCAAGCUGCAGCAGGUGCCAGGCCUCCACCCGCAGGCGGUCCCGCAGCCCGACGUGGCCCUGCACGCUCGGCCAGCCACCAGCACCGUCACAGGGUUGGGGCUGGCAUCCCGCGCGCCCACAGUCAGCACCUCCGAGUCCAGCACGGGCACCACCACCCCUUCCACGCCCACCUCCACCAGCCAGAGCCGCCUCAUCGCCUCCUCGCCCACCCUUAUCUCAGGAAUCACCAGCCCACCCCUCCUCGACUCCAUAAAGACAAUCCAGGGCCACAGUUUGCUGGGGGCACCCAAGACGGAGCGGGGCCGCAAGAAGAUCAAGGCGGAAAACCCUUCGGGGCCGCCCGUCCUUGUGGUUCCGUACCCCAUCCUGGCCUCGGGGGAGACGGCCAAAGAGGGCAAGACGUACAGGUGUAAGGUCUGCCCUUUGACGUUCUUCACCAAGUCGGAGAUGCAGAUCCACUCCAAGUCGCACACAGAGGCCAAACCCCACAAGUGCCCCCACUGCUCCAAAUCCUUCGCCAACGCCUCCUACCUGGCCCAGCACUUGCGCAUCCACCUGGGUGUGAAGCCCUACCACUGCUCGUACUGCGAGAAGUCCUUCCGCCAGCUGUCCCACCUCCAGCAGCACACCAGAAUCCACACCGGUGACAGACCCUACAAGUGCCCACACCCUGGCUGCGAGAAGGCAUUCACACAACUCUCCAACCUCCAGUCUCACCAGCGACAGCACAACAAGGACAAGCCCUACAAGUGCCCGAAUUGCUACCGGGCUUACACGGACUCGGCCUCGCUGCAGAUCCACCUGUCAGCGCACGCCAUCAAGCACGCCAAGGCUUACUGCUGCAGCAUGUGCGGCCGCGCCUAUACCUCGGAGACGUACCUGAUGAAGCACAUGUCCAAACACACCGUGGUGGAGCACCUCGUCAGCCAGCACUCUCCUCAAAGGACCGAAUCCCCCGGCAUCCCCGUGCGGAUCUCGCUCAUCUAAGUGGGCUCCGUCCCGCCCCGCUGCUGUCGGUGGGGUGGCACCGUGUUGGCCCCCCCCCCGACUCGGCCCCCCCCCCGGGGGGGGCUGCAGGUUUGGUGACAUCCAAAGACGGUUUCAGAGCACUUUGAAUCUCUGCAGUUUUCUUGGGGGGGAAGCGUGCGUGGGGGGGCAGAAGUUGGGGUUCUCCUUCGGUCAGCCCCCCCCGCCCUCCGCCUCCUCUCAUUUUGGAUACAAAUAUAUAUAUAUAUUUAUUGGCCAAGAAGUUGGUGCUGCUAACACAGAAACAAAAUCAGACGUGGAACGGAGCACGCCGGACCCCCUCCUCCCCCCCAGGACUGUGCCGGAGCGGAGCGGGGGUCAGAGGGGGCUUUGUUUUAGUGGGGGGGGGGGCUGCUCCGUUUGGGUUGCGUUUGAUUUUUAAAGACGUUUUCCCCUCUGGUUUCGCUCCCCCCACGCCGGACUCCGUCGCCGGGAGCAGCCGGGGGUGUGCGUGCCUCUGUGUGUACAUAGCCCUGUACAGAGCCGGGGCGCCCCGCACCCCGCGGAGAGACUCGACAGAAACUCAUCUAUAUUAUGUACUCUUUGGUUCCGUUUUGGAUAUUAACUGUGUUAUUUUUUUAUACACUUUUUAAGCCUUAA